AUGCACAUAUCGCAGAAGCUGGCUCAGGCUGCCAGCCAGCAAAAGCCGACUUUCUCCUUCGAAUUCUUCCCACCGAAGACCGCUCAAGGCGUUCAGAAUCUCUAUGACCGCAUGGACCGCAUGCAUGAUCUAGGUCCAGCUUUCAUCGACAUAACAUGGGGCGCAGGAGGCAGGCACUCGCAGUUGACAUGCGAGAUGGUCAGCGCAGCACAGUCCCACUAUGGCCUGGAGACAUGCAUGCAUUUGACUUGCACAGACAUGGAGCGAGAGAAGGUCGACUCAGCACUGCGCCAGGCGUACAAAACAGGCUGCACAAACAUAUUAGCUCUCCGCGGUGAUCCGCCCAGAGAUCAAGAAAAGUGGGAAGCCAAAGCAGACCAAUUUCGAUACGCCAAAGAUCUGGUCAAAUAUAUCCGACAGACCUACGGCGACCACUUCGACAUUGGCGUUGCCGGCUAUCCCGAGGGCUGUGAGGACCAAGAAGAUCCAGAUUUGCUUAUUGACCACCUCAAGGAGAAGGUCGAUGCUGGUGGCACCUUCAUUGUGACACAGAUGUUCUACAACGUCGACAUCUUCCUAGACUGGGUGGCCAAGUGCCGCAAACGUGGCAUCACCGUUCCGAUCAUACCCGGCAUCAUGCCCAUCUCGACGCACGGAGCGUUUUUGAGGCGAGCCGACUGGACCAAGUGUGACGUGCCACAGUUUUGGCACGAAGCGUUGGAGCCGGUCAAGAACGAUGACGCAGCAGUGCGCGACGUCGGCAGAGACCUGGUCGUGGAGAUGUGCCAGAAAAUCCUUGACGCUGGAAUCUACCAUUUGCAUUUCUACACCAUGAAUCUAGCCCAGGCAACGAGGAUGGUGUUAGACGACCUUCUCCUCACGCCUGCAGCGUCCGGGACGCCAAUCGACAAGCCUCUGCCAUGGCGGCAAUCCCUUGGGCUGAACAGGCGAGAUGAGACUGUGCGGCCUAUCUUCUGGCGUAAUCGCAACACAUCAUACGUAGCGCGAACGGCUGACUGGGAUGAGUUUCCCAACGGACGAUGGGGCGACAGUCGUAGUCCUGCCUUCGGAGAGCUUGACGCCUACGGUAUUGGUUUGAAAGGCACGAACGAAGCCAACAUCAAGCUAUGGGGCGAACCAAACACCUUGAGGCAGGUCAGCAACUUGUUUGUCAGGUACCUCAAAGGAGAUCUCGAUCGUCUACCGUGGAGCGAGGGCCAGAUGUCCGCGGAGGCGACGGUCAUCAAGGACAACCUCAUUGAUCUCAACUCCAGAGGCUUCUUGUCCAUCAACUCGCAACCUGCUGUGAACGCAGCAAAGUCAACCGACCCGAUAUACGGCUGGGGACCUAAGGGAGGAUAUGUAUACCAGAAAGCGUACCUUGAGCUGCUUGUGUUUCCAAGCGUUAUAGACGAGGUCAUCACGCGUUUGGAGAAAGAUCAGAAUCUGACAUAUUAUGCCGUCAAUAAGAACGGCACUCUCAAAACCAAUGCGCCUGACGAAGGGCCUAACGCUGUCACAUGGGGCAUCUUCCCCAACCGAGAGAUCGUGCAGCCAACGAUUGUCGAGACAGUGUCGUUCCUGGCCUGGAAGGAUGAGGCUUUCAGGCUGGGUCAGGACUGGUCUCGAUGCUACCCAGCCGGUUCAGCUACCCGAAAGCUCAUUGAGGAGAUAAUGGACGAAUGCUAUCUGGUCAACAUCGUCAACAAUGACUUUCACCAAACUUUCGAGAUCUUCGAGAUCUUCGAGGGUCUCCAGGCGGAUGAUUUCGACAAGGAGUUUCAUUCCACAGCCCAAAACGGCCAUCACAAUGGUGAUCGUCAGGUUGUCAAUGGUGACAGCAAAGCUUCGGAGGUGGAAAAGGCAAUUAGCAAUGAGCCAGCAAAAGUGCCGUUUCAAACCGCACUCAGGCCUAUCGAAAAUGGGAGCAAAGCGAAGGCACGAACAACAGAAAAGUGA